UCAACAGCGUGAGAAACUCGGCGAGAUGAAAGAAGGCGAUAACUGCAUGCGCUCUGUGGGAGGAGAAUGUGUCUACCUGCGGACACAAUCAUAUAGCGCUACCUUGGCAGAUUGCAGCUCUUUGCCCCUGUAGGACGCACAAAGGAUACCUGAGCCAUGGAUGCAGAGAAGGAAUCCCCCGCCGACCAGGGAGUGCAGCUCUUGGACAUCAGCUCCAACUCGUACCCCUCUGAGCCCAAAGGUGCGGAGGAGACCGGUCAGCAGAAGCCGCCGUAUUCAUACGUGGCUCUCAUUGCCAUGGCCAUCAAGGACAGCCACGACAAGAGACAAACGCUCAGCGGAAUAUACGAAUACAUCAUCUCCAAGUUCUCCUACUAUGAGAAGAAUAAAAAAGGGUGGCAAAAUAGUAUCAGGCACAAUUUGUCUCUCAAUGAGUGUUUCGUCAAGAUUCCCAGGGAAAACGGAGGGGACAGGAAAGGCAACUAUUGGAUGCUGGACCCCGCAUUUGAGGACAUGUUUGACAAGGGGAACUACCGGCGGCGGAGGAGGGUGAGAAGACCCUAUACCCAGAGCGUGCCUUACCUGACCGGGAGCUCCGUGGACUAUCCCGAGCCGCUCUACCUGCAGCCUUAUGUGAGCAGCUCCUGGAGUCUGUCCCAGCCGACCGGAUACCCAACACCCCAUGUCAUCACUGGGCACACCCGCAGCGUGUCCCCAAGCGGCCCGGUGAGUUCAUUCUGCUCGCCCCCCCACUUCCAUCACUCUCCUUACGGCGCCUACCACCAUACGGCUGUGCUGGUGCCACACAACGGGUGUCCAUACGGCGGAGUGACCCAGCCAAUGAGCCCUGGCGGAAGCAGCGUUUCGGUAGCAUGCAACUACCAGCAGCUCACCACCUGGCAAGCGGAGGCGCCGCUUGCUUAUUCAUUGGACCAGUAGGGUUUUGAGUUAUUCUAACCAUUGACAGACAGUCCUUUGACAGCCAAGGUUCAUCUGUUUCACGCAUUUCAGUUGGGCUGUCAUUUGUUUGUCAGGUAAAGUUAAUUGUUUGGCUUGAUAAGGUGCAGGCCUAAUUUGUUUAUUAACUUUUAAUAAAUAAGCUGUUGGUUAAGUUUAUUGAUAGGCCAAGAAAUUACAGUCAGUAGUCUACUCACAUGGAUGUAUUUUGCUUCAGAAAUGCCCGAUCAAGUGUAAAUUGCAGGAAGACAGUUGAUUUAAGUCUGAGGCUUAGUGUAUGCCUCUUUUGUUGGAGAAUUAUUUUGCAACCAAA